AAGCCUUCUUGGAGCCCGGCAGUGUUCAAGAUCCGCGGAAAGCAGCUUCUUCAGGCGAGGCCUCCAUGGAGCGGCUUCUGGCCCAGCUGUGCGGCACCAGCGCGUGGCGGCCGCUCCCGGUGUGGGAGGGAGACACCGCCGGCCACUGCUUCACCCAGCUGGUGCUGAGCGCGCUGCCCCACGCGCUGCUCGCCGUGCUCAGCGCCUGCUACUGGGGCGCCCCCAGGAAUCCAGAUUACAACCUACCCUGCAGUCCUGGCUGGCGCUGCCGACUCGCAGCCUCCUCCCUGCUCUCCAUCGUUCCACUGUUAGACCUCCUGCCAGUUACUUUACCACCAGGAGCAGGCCCAGGGCCUGUAGGGCUGGAGGUGCUGGCAGGGGCCGUGGCAGCUGUGGCCUGGCUCAGCCAUAGCCUGGCCCUGUGGGUGUUGGCCCAUUCCCCUCAUGGCUGCUCCCGGGGACCCUUGGCCUUGGCUCUGACUGCCUGCCUUCCAGCCCCAGCCCUGGUGCUAACCCUCCUGUGGCACUGCCAGCGAGGUACCCUUCUGCCCCCACUUCUCCCAGGGCCCCUCGCCCGCCUGUGUCUUCUCAUCUUGCAGCUGGCAGCACUCCUAGCUUAUGGGCUGGGCUGGGCAGUCCCUGGGGGACCACGGGAACCCUGGGUCCAGGAGCUCCUGUCUGAGAGGCAGGAACCUGAGGUAGCUGAAGAUGGGGAGAGUUGGCUGUCACGCUUCUCCUAUGCCUGGCUGGCACCCUUGCUGGCCCGAGGGGCACAAGGAGAGCUCAGGCAGCCUCAGGACACUUGUCGCCUCCCCCAUAGACUACACCCGGCCUACCUGGCUCGCCUCUUCCAGACACACUGGCAGGAGGGCACACGGCUGUGGAGGGCUCUGUAUGGGGCCUUUGGGCGGCACUACCUGGCACUUGGAUUCCUGAAGCUAGUGGGGACCAUGUUGGGAUUCUCAGGACCGCUGCUAUUGUCCCUAUUAGUGGGCUUCCUAGAGGAAGGGCAGGAACCACUGAGCAACGGCCUGCUGUAUGCCCUGGGGCUGGCUGGUGGAGCUGUGCUGGGUGCUGUGCUGCAGAAUCAGUAUGGGUAUGAAGUCCGGAAGGUGACGCUGCAGGCACAAGGGGCCGUGAUGAACAUCCUGUACCGAAAGGCUUUGCAACUGGGACCCAGGCGCCCUCCAACUGGAGAGGCCUUGAACCUGCUAGGCACAGAUUCGGAGCGCCUCCUCAACUUUGCCGGGAGCUUCCACGAGGCCUGGGGCCUGCCCCUGCAGCUGGCCAUCACCCUUUACCUCUUACAUCGCCAGGUGGGCUUAGCCUUUGUGGGUGGCCUGAUCCUGGCGCUGCUGCUGGUACCUGUCAACAAGGUGAUUGCCACUCGCAUCAUGGUCAGCAACCAGGACAUGCUACAACAUAAGGAUGCCCGGGUGAAGCUCAUGACUGAGGUGCUGAGCGGCAUUCGGGUCAUCAAGUUCUUCGUGUGGGAGCAGGCGAUGGGAGCCCGAGUAGAGGCCUGCCGGGCUCGAGAGCUGGGGCGGCUGCGGGUCAUCAAAUACCUGGAUGCAGCCUGUGUGUACCUGUGGGCUGCCCUGCCUGUUGUCAUUUCUAUCACCAUCUUCAUCACCUAUGCCCUCAUGGGGCACCAGCUCACAGCCACCAAGGUGUUCACAGCACUGGCGCUGGUGCACAUGCUCAUCCUUCCUCUCAACAACUUCCCUUGGGUCAUCAAUGGCCUAUUGGAGGCCAAAGUGUCCCUGGACCGAAUUCAACGUUUCCUCGACCUUCCCAACCACAACCCCCAGACUUACUACAGCCCAGACCUCCCCACAGAGCCAUCUACAGCACUGGAGCUGCAUGAUGCCUUGUUCUCCUGGGACCCAGUUGGAACCAGCCAAGAGACCUUCAUUAGUCGCCUUGUAGUAAAGAAGGGAAUCCUGGUGGGCAUCGUGGGAAAGGUGGGCUGUGGGAAGAGCUCACUGCUGGCUGCCAUCUCUGGGGAGCUCCACAGGUUGCGUGGCCAGGUGGCAGUGUGGGGGCUCUCUGAAGGCUUUGGGCUGGCCACCCAGGAACCCUGGAUUCAGUUUGCCACCAUCCGAGACAACAUUCUCUUUGGGAAGACCUUUGAUGCCAGGCUGUAUAGUGAAGUGCUAGAGGCUUGUGCCCUCAACGACGACCUCAGCAUUCUGCCUGCUGGAGAUCAGACAGAAGUUGGAGAGAAGGGUGUGACACUCAGUGGGGGACAGCGGGCCCGGAUUGCUCUUGCUCGUGCUGUCUACCAGGAAAAAGAACUCUAUCUUCUUGAUGACCCUCUGGCUGCGGUGGAUGCAGACGUGGCCAAACAUCUGCUGCAGCGGUGCAUCCUGGGAGUGCUGAGCCACACCACUCGGCUGCUCUGCACCCACCGCACUGAGUACUUAGAGAGAGCGGAUGUGGUGCUGCUGAUGGAGGCCGGCCGCCUCAUACAGGCUGGGCCUCCAUCUGAGAUCCUGCCAUUAGUACAAGCUGUCCCCAAAGCCUCGGCUGAGAAUGGACAGGAGUCAGACUUAGACACAUCCCAGUCAAAACCAGGAACAGAGAAAACAAAGAAGGCGCUGGCUGUGCAAGAGAGCUCCUCAUGCCGCCUGCUGCAGGAAGAAAGCAAGAAGGAGGGUGCCUUGGCCUUCCACGUGUACCGCGCCCACUGGAGGGCCGUGGGCUGGGGCCUGGCCCUGGCUAUCCUUUUCUCUCUGCUGCUCAUGCAAGCCACGCGAAACGCUGCAGACUGGUGGCUCUCCUACUGGAUCUCCCAGCUGAAGACAGCCAAGAAUAGCUCCCAGGAGGCACCACCCCCCAGCAGCUCAGACUCAGAAGGGCUACUAUCCCCUCAGCUGCUCCUCUUCUCCCCAGGAAACCUCUACACCUCAGUGUUUGCACUGCCCAGAGCUGCCCCCAAUGGCUCCUCAGACUUGCGUUUCUACCUCACCGUCUAUGCCACCAUUGCUGGUGUCAACUCCCUCUGCACUCUCCUCCGGGCGGUGCUCUUCGCAGCAGGCAUGCUCCGGGCAACUGCCACCCUGCAUCACCGCCUGCUCUGCCGAGUCCUUAAGGCACCAGUGACCUUCUUCGACUCCACACCCGUGGGCCGGGUCCUCAACCGCUUCUCCUCGGAUGUGGCCUGUACUGACGAUAGCCUGCCCUUCCUCCUCAACAUCCUCUUGGCCAAUGCAGCAGGUCUUCUAGGCCUCCUGGCCGUGCUGGGCUCUGGCCUGCCCUGGCUGCUGCUGCUGUUACCACCCCUGAGUGUCAUCUACUACCGAGUACAGCGCCACUACAGGGCAUCCUCGCGGGAGCUGCGCCGCCUGGGCAGCCUCACUUUGUCACCACUCUAUACCCACCUGGCUGACACUUUGGCCGGCCUCCCUGUGCUCCGGGCUGCAGGGGCCACAGACAGGUUUGAGGAAGAGAACCAGAGGCUCCUGGAGCUCAACCAGAGGUGCCAGUUUGCUGCCAGCGCCACAAUGCAGUGGCUGGACAUUCGGCUACAGCUCAUGGGGGCCUCAGUGGUCAGUGCCAUCGCGGGCAUUGCCCUGGUGCAGCACCAAUGGGGCCUCGCUGACCCAGGACUGGUGGGCCUGUCGCUGUCUUAUGCCCUGUCCCUGACAGGCCUGCUCUCAGGCCUGGUGAGCAGCUUCACAAAGACGGAAACCAUGCUGGUAAGCGUGGAGCGGCUGGAAGAGUACUCCUGCGAACUACCCCAGGAGCCGCAAGGCCCACCGGCACGGCUGGGCUCUGGCUGGCUGACCCGAGGGAGUGUGGAGUUCCAAGACGUGGUGUUGGUGUACCGGCCUGGGCUGCCGAAUGCUCUGGACGGGGUGACCUUUCGAGUGCAGCCUGGAGAGAAGUUGGGCAUUGUGGGCCGCACAGGCUCCGGCAAGUCUUCCCUAUUGUUGGUGCUCUUCCGGUUGUUGGAGCCUAGCUCAGGGCAUGUGCUGCUGGAUGGAGUGGACACCAGUCAGCUGGAGCUGGCCGAGCUCAGGUCCCAGCUGGCGAUCAUACCCCAAGAGCCCUUUCUCUUCAGUGGGACUGUUCGGGAAAACUUGGACCCCCGGGGCCUACAUGAGGACAGGACCUUGUGGCAGGCCCUGGAGCAGUGCCACCUGGGUGAGGUGAUCAUGUCCAUGGGUGGUCUGGAUGGUGAGCUGGGUGAGGGAGGCCGGAGCUUAUCGCUGGGGCAGAGGCAGCUUCUAUGUCUGGCAAGAGCACUCCUCACAGAUGCCAAGAUCCUGUGUAUUGAUGAGGCCACAGCGAGCGUGGAUCAGAAGACAGACCAACUGCUCCAACAGACCAUCUGCAAACGCUUUGCCAAUAAGACAGUGCUAACCAUUGCCCACAGGCUCAACACGAUUCUUAACUCAGACCGGGUGCUGGUGCUCCAGGAAGGCAGGGUCAUGGAGCUGGACUCCCCUGCCGCCCUCCGCAGCCAGCCUCACUCACUGUUCCAGCAGCUGCUGCAGAGCAGCCAGCAGGUUGCCCCCUCUCCUCCAUGAAGACCCCAGCCCAGCGCCCCGCUCCCCAGGGUCUCCCCCAUCUGGCCCACUACUGGGCAGGUGCACAGGCACCAGCUGCUUUUUUUACAUUCUCCUCCUUGGUUCUACCUCUCCCUCACUUCCCCAGAGGGAAAAAGUGUACCCUGGGUCCUUCUUUGGAAACUACUCCUUGUUUGGGGGUUAAGGAAAUGGGCAGUGUCCUGGCAUUUCCCCAGAACCAGACCUUGGCUCAGACUCUUGCUUCUGGGACUCUGGGCAAGUUUUCCUGGCAAAGGAACCCAUUUGUACUGUCUUUGUUUAUUUUCAUAAAAUUCUCAUUUACAAUCUGUGUAUUAAAAA